AUGCCGGGAGAAUCAGAAGUUUGUCAAAAAGUUAUAAAGUCGAUCGAAGACGAAGGUAACUGUAUAUUCAUGAAAUUUUUCGAUAUCAUCCCUUUUUUUUCAGCCCCGAACAAAAAAGGAAAAAAGAAGGGUACCAAGAAGUCGCGAAAACGUGUCUCUACCAUUACUAUCGAGGUUUUUCCUCUCAAACCAGAAAACAUGUUCGCACGUUGACAAGUUUGAGAGCACUCCAUCGACAGCGAGGAUAAUGAGUGAUAUUCCGGAAGACGUUCAACUGAAAAAGGUACUUUUUCAUGAGAAGUUGGGACGCUUUUCAUUCCUGCUGUGCUUCAGGUGACGGACCGCUCCGGCCUAGUUACCUACUUUAAAAACUUCUUCUGA